CAUGGUCGAAGUGUUUCCGGGAGACGACACAGGUUUGUCAGAUAUCCCGUGCAUGGCAUGGUUGACAGGAUAGUCGGCGAUUGGGGCGGGAUAACUUCUUAUACAUUAGUCUAUCCGCUUGUUACAAAAGUUAAACAUAAAAAUCAGGACUAACUCAAUCUCUUCCAGUCGUCUCGCCAGCUGUCCUCACUCUGCGGUCGCGUCGUUUCUCACUUGUCAUUGCUCGGGUUAGCUAACUAACGUUAACGUUGCUCUGUGCGAAAAUGGCGGAUGUACAGUCAGAGAAGAGUCUGGAUGAUUUCUUUGCCAAGCGGGAUAAAAAGAAGAAGAAAGAGAAGGGCAAGGGGAAGGAGACCACGACCGGGCCCACGACGGCCGCGGUGAAAAAGACGAAGAAAGAGAAGGAGAAAUCUGCGAAAAACGAAAACCAGGACGCUCAAGUAGAGAAGGAGGACGAGGAAUGGAAAGAGUUUGAGCAGAAAGAAGUGGACUACAGCGGGCUGCGGCUCCAGGCCUUACAGAUCAGUGAUGAAAAAGAGGAAGAGGAGUAUGAGAAGGAGGAGGUAGGAGAGGAUGGAGAGAUAAUUCUGGUCAGUGGAGAUAAAGUGUCCGGUCCCUGGAACAAAUCUGGCGCCGCUCCUCCUCGUGCCGCUUCACCUGUGGAGGAAGAGGAGGCGCCUGAAGCGAAGCCUCCAGGAGUCUAUCGCCCUCCAGGCGCCCGACUGACCCCCAGCAGAAGAGCCCAGAACCCGGGUCCGCCUGAGAUCUUCAGCGACACACAGUUCCCCUCACUGCUGUCCACCGCUAAGCACGUCGAGACUCGCAAAGACAGAGAAAUGGAGAAGACCUUUGAGGUUGUGAAACACAAAAACCGCGGGAGAGAAGAGACCGGCAGCGGCUCCGUGCAGCACUUGCAGCUCGACAACCAGUACGCCAUCCUGGGGGACAAGUAGAGCUGCGUUCCCGACCCCCUGCCCCUUCCCUCCCCCAGCACAGUCCCCCCUCGAAGGAAGCUGAACUACAGCUGUGCUGGCUGCAGUCCCAAAAGAUCUCCUUUUGCCGCCACCCUUUACACCACUCACUCACUCACACGGUCAUACACAACACCCCCUGCAGACACACUCCCUUUAAAUAAUUCACUCAACACGGUUUGGUUGGCAAAACUAGAGGAUUGCGUCAGAAGGGGCUGACGAGAAAGGGGAAUAAGGAAACCCGAACGUGCGACGCUGCAGCAACAACAAACAGAGAAGUAGUUGCCCUUUGUGGAUUGUUUUCAGAGCAGCAGUUGUGUGGCAGAACUUCUCUCUGGACUUCAACUUGCUUUGACAAAGCCACAGAGGAUCAAAGAUGACUUUAGGCACGAUGAUCUUACAAACUUCUGUGAAAAUAUCUAUUUUUUUGCAAGAUCUUUACAACCCAACCGCACGUGGUUAUAUUGAGGUGUGUUUAUGUGUUGCAUUUGGGGCUUCGGGAGGCGGGGAGGGAUGCUACCGCAGCGGCACAGCUGGUGGCGACGACAUGGACUGAGCUUUUUCUGUGUUGCUGUGGUGGUUAAAAAGAGGCGGGGCUAACACCGAGCUCCACCCCCUUUCCUUCCACAUACAAGCCGGCCUUCAGGCUCUUUGAUUUAGAAACUUGAACCUUUUUUUUCCCCCAGUUCAUUCGUUGACGAUGACACUGCAAAGAUCUACAAACACGAAGCGAUAAGUUGCAUUUCUCAUUUAGAGUUUCUAUAUAAAGUGGCCUUAUUGGUGGAGAGCGACUGUCAUCUGAAGGGUUGUCUGAUAGGCCGGUUUCUGCCUCUGGAUCGAACCACUUUCAUCAAACUAAGAGGGGGGGAAUCAAAGCAGGAAUGUAGUGCUGUUGUAGUUUGCCUGAUGAUGAUGAUAAUGAUAACAACUACUAACUCUUUCAUAUCCAAUGUUUGAACUUACUGCUCCUUAAUUUUUUUUUUCUUCCAAAAUCUGAGAAAGAAUAAUUAAAGCUUGUUUCUAAUCCUGCA